CAACACCAUCGCAGGCGCGAAAUCCAACAUGGCGCUCUCCACAUCUUUUCAAGAGAUCCUGAUUUUGAGAGGAGAAACACACCGUUGGAAAGAUCUUACAAUAAAUUCAGGCGGCACACAGGGUGUCCUUCAAGAUGUCAAUGUCGCUGAUAGCGCUGGAGGGUUCACUUACAAGGACAGCCACAAGGUCAACAGUGUAACUGCUAAUAGAUUUAUUUAUUGGCGUACGUCCCAGAACCGCGUCGAGCUGGUCGAGAGCUCCCUGAACCACAAUCUCCAUGGCAACGCUCUGCGGCUCAACUUCCAGGGUUCUCCCAUCAUCCCGCGGGUGUCAAUUCAUGAGACCCAUUCACACGUGGUGAUACUCAUCGCUACGUUCACAUCAGUCCACCGUCUUCCGUUCCCGCACCCCAACAAGCUGACGAGGCAGGAUACCAACGCUCAACUCUCAGGCUCCGACCUUGCCUCAAUCUUUGCCGAUGCUUCGGUGACAAACUUCCGUGAUGCAUCCAAUAUGCAUGAGAUUGUUCAGAGCGGGUCACAGACCUACGAGUUCCAGGCUUGUGGGUCUUGGUUAACUGCUGAUGGCGAGGCCUGGUUUGCGCUCUCUGUGAGGACUGGAAGUCUGGUACUAGUCAAGAUGGCUCCUCUAGGCUUAAGGGGUAUUACUACACAAAAUGAAGUCAAGGAAUCUUCUAUUAUGGAGCGUUUAUGGACAGGACUUGUUCCAGUCUCUAUCAGGAGAGACCAGGACGCUAUCUACCUAGCCCAGAGUGUAGCUGUCCGUCCUCUAGGCCAGGAUAUGAUGGCUUUCUGCGUUUGCCGGGAUCACAAACUAAGGAUCUGGUCCUGCAAGAACUUGAAUUGCCUUAUCACCAGUGAUCUAACCAGCUUCCUGCCAGAGGGCAUGAUGGGAAUGGAUGAUCAGCCAAUCCUGCGUCACGAGAUUCGGGUCAUUCAAGGGUCAACGAUCUCAAGUCUGACUCUCGGUGUCUACUUAACCAUCUCACAUUUUUCGCUGUUUCUGAUACUGGAACAGCGAUGGCAGGAUGGACAAUGCCGUCUGUGCCAUGUGACCACGUUAGACGAUGUCAAAGGUCAAACACUGGUUGACUUCACAAUGACGAGCUCCCAUGUCGUCGCUAUGUGGGGUUUACCUGAUGGUCGCACUGUGGUGAAGAGUACAUGCUAUUCAAAGCAAAGAACGGAAGGAUGGCUACCUGUAUACCUGGAAACUGACCAGCUGACCAGUGUCCAAGUUCCAUCAUUUCUCGACCCUCGGGAAGCCUAUUUGGAUCACAUCUUUAAGCCUGGAAGGUUCUCGGUUCAAACCAUUCUCAAAGCUCUUCAUACAUACAGCCGUUCAACUGGCUCAGAUCUCGGAAGUCUGAUGGAGGUUGAUCUUCCCGACCCUUCGGUUCUGCGUCAGGAUGCGUCCAUCGUCGUGGAAACAGAGAUACAACAGAGGGUUGGCGGAGGGGAAGUAUCCCAGGGGGAGUACAGGCAACUGGUGGAACAGAGCAUGAGCAAGUUUUUAGCAUGUUGCGUGGAAUAUCAUCAAGUCGCCAACAAGCCAUUAGGGUUUUUCUUAGAUUCUAACACACACAUGCCAUGCCUCAUCAAAAGAAAUCUGAUAUCAGUUCUUCAGCCAGUAGGUCUGGUGGAGGACAUCCACAUGGGAAUCAAGAGAGUGUUUAGUAUGGAAGAUCUGGGAUUAGAACUGUCUGAUCAAGACCCCACCAUCAUCCAGGACAUCCAAUCACUCCAGGAAUGCAUCAAUCUUCUCUCAUCGUCUUCCGUUGCCAUGGAAAUGCAAGGAUUCGUAGACUCUCUCAUGCAGCUCCAGCCUCCGAUGGAUAUCGCCCAGAAACUCGCCAGCAGCAUCAUCAUAUCGAAUGGUCCACAGAAUCAAGUUAUAAGGGAGCAGGUUUCACAAGCUCUUAGUAGGAUUAUGGACCCAACGGGAGUUUUCAGAACAGUUCUUCACCUUGUCGACGUCGCAGGAGGUGAACCUGAAAAUCUUCUCGCUGAAUUGAGUCAUCUUGGCCAAGGCAUUGCCCAUAGUCCCACACACCAUACUCUGAGUAGUGACCUCUCUGUAGUCUGCAUGGCUGCGGGCUUCGCAAGGUUCUCCCAACUCAGGCUGGAAUUCAUGCAGUUUCUUCUGGUUCUCGAGUGUCUGAUCUUGAGACUAGAAUCGCAGCUACCAUGGUCUGCUGAAUGCAUUAAGAAGUUAACCUGUGAUGUAAUACCAGAAACGUGCACCAUCCUCCAAGCCUACCACUCUCUAUUCUGGGUGUCAUCCUGUGUGUCAAGUCCAGUACAAACAAAGACUGUGGAAUUUCACCUGAGGCAGAUGGCAGUCCUUGAAAUCUCCACAGACAACAGCCAAACCUCCCCGUCUUCAUCGUGGACUAGUCCACCCUCACCCACCCUGGUUGAGUUGUUCCUACAGGGAAGUGGAGGGAGCUAUGUCCGUUCCAUUCUAGCAAAGAGGGCGAACAGGAGAGCGGAGGGACUGCAGGAUUGGGGUAAAUUCUUCCCAGGAGCAGUGAAGGCACUGGCUCAGUUAAUCUGGCCAAUCAGUGCCAACUUCCUGUUUGCGGAGUAUUUGAUGUCAAAGUGCCAGUAUACACAACUACAGGGUUACAUCCGUCUCCUGUCGCCAUGGUGCGAGUGGAACGCAGCGUCCCGUCAGUUCCUACGAGCUCACUGCUACCUGAACACCGGUGAGCCUGUCAAAGCCUUGGGAUGCUUCCAGGAGGCGAGUCAGAGAAUAGGAGCAGAGGAUUUCCUGCUGAAUAGGCUUCUAAGAACUACGGAGCUACAGGGGAAGAAGCUGGAGACCCUUUACCAUCUGAAGGUGAUUGGUCUGCUGGAGCAGUUUGAAUUGCGAGAGCUUGUGAUCUCAUUGGCUAAGACUGCUUUGAGUGCUGCUGAUACAGAUGACCCCAAUCUGCCAACCUUGUGGGUGAAAAUAUUCAAGUACCAUCUUGAACUGGGUCACAAUGAUGAGGCUUACUCAGCCAUGACCUCUAACCCUGACCCUGAAAGGAGGAGAGACUGUUUACGUCAGUUUGUUGUGGUUUUAUGUGAGCAAGGACGGAUGAAACAACUCUGCCAGUAUCCCUACAUUGAUCUUCAUGAUGAGAUUGUUGGCAUCAUUGAGUCGAGAGCUCGGUCUGUGGAUCUAUUAACUAUCAAUUACUAUGACCUGCUCUUUGCAUUCCAUACAAUAAGAGGCAACUAUAGACAGGCUGGUAGCGUCAUGUACGAGCAAGCGACCCGACUGGCUCAGGAGAUCGUCGGGGUGGAGAGCCUGAAGAGACAAGAAAGCUGCUACCUCACUGCCAUGAAUUCACUUAGGUUGCUACAUACGGAUAAUGCUUGGAUUGUCAAACCUGCAGCCAGCGAAAUGGAAGGCAUUAAAACUGAGGACAUGAAUGGGCUAUCACCCAAGAGAGACUAUGAGGGCACCCCUCUCAGUGACCCAGUUCCAAGGCGGAAAGUCGAUGUUCUGGAGCUUGGCGAUUUGGAGAAAGAGUACCAGCUGAUAUCUGCUAAGAUCAAACUAGCCAAUCACCAGCCUGAUAUGGCUCAUGUGACAACUUCUAAGAUGUCUGUUGAUGAAACGGUGAGCUUCUUGGUUCAGAGCGGGCUCUAUGACACAGCCAUUGAUGUUUGCAAGACAUUCAGGUUGCCUCUCAGCCCGGUGUUUGAAAGCCUGGCCCAUAGAUGUGUAAAACUAUCCCGCAACGGAGCAGACAGCGGCAGCUGGAAAUGGCUUGCUUCAAAUGACAUCGGCUCCCUAAACCUAGGUAGAGAAGCAACAGCUGCAGAACUUGCCUGGCAUCUCUUACAGAUGUAUCUAGAGAGGUAUGAUCAAAAGGGUGACCAUAUGAAUUACAGGAUUGUGAUCAAGAAACUACUCUCUCUUGGCUUUCAACUUCCACAAUGGGUCAUUAAUUCCUACAAGAAACUGGACCCUGGCAAUCUGCUCUUCCUGUAUAUAACCUUUGACCUUUUGGAAGAAGCUGCCAAUUUAGGAGUUGAGUUUAUUGAUGCUGUCCUUGGAAGGGGAAUGGAAUACUUUGGUCUCAAGAACCCGAUACGUCCAACGGAUCCCAGUGUGUGGCUUCCAUAUACUCACUUAGACCAUCUUUUAAAUGCCUUGAGAGAGACAAGAAAUGAUCCAGAACUUAUCAAGCUUCACAAUGUUCUGAAGAGCAAGCUGGAUGAGUAUCACAGAAACGCUGCAUCGAUCUCAAAGGAGAUGAUAUCGAUCGCUCACACAAAACAGCAAAUAGGACGAUGAGAAGCCAAUCUUAU